GGUCGACGUCGAUAACCAAAGAUUCCCCAAAGACCUUCUCGACACAUAGAUCAAAUGGCCGAGUCAAACGUUCUCGGUAUCGCCUUCGGCAACUCCAACUCCUCUAUUGCCUACAUCAACAACGAGGGCAAGGCCGACUGUAUCGCCAACGAGGAUGGUGACCGUCAGAUUCCCUCUAUCCUCGCCUACUCUGGCGAUGACGAGUACCACGGUUUCCAGGCCAAGGCCCAGCUCGUCCGUAACCGCCAGAACACCGUCGCCAACUUCCGCGACUUCAUCGGCAAGUCCUUCGCUGACAUCGACCCUACCCACUCCGCUGUCUCUGCUCACCCAGUAGACACCAACGGUACCGUUUCCUACGACAUUCCCGCUACCGGCAAGACCGUCUCUGUCUCCGAGCUCGCUACCCGUCACCUUCUCCGUUUGAAGCAGUCCGCUGAGGACUACACUGGACGACCAGUUACCGGUGCCGUUCUUACCGUCCCUACCGACUUCACCCACGCUCAGCGCGAUGCGUUGAUCGCUGCCGCCAAGGCCGCCGAGUUGAACGUUUUGCAGGUGAUCAACGAGCCCGUCGCCGCCCUCUUGGCUACCGACGCCAUCCAGGAUGGUGGCAAGGUCUCCGACGACAAGACCGUCGUCGUUGUCGACCUCGGAGGUACCAGGUGUGACGCCUCCGUUAUCGCUUCCAGGGGUGGUAUGUACACCGUUCUUGCGACUGCGCACGACUACGAUGUCGGAGGUAACCAGCUCGACGACGCUCUCGUCGACUUCUUCGGCAAGGAGUUCGAGAAGAAGACUAAGGUUUCCGCUACCAAGGAUGAGCGUUCCAUCGCCAAGCUCGUCAACCAGUGUGAGGUCACCAAGAAGACUCUCUCCGCGUCUACCUCCGCUACCGUCUCCGUCGAGUCCUUGGCCGAGGGUGUCGACUUCCACUCCAACAUCAACCGUAUGCGUUACGAGCUCCUCGGCCGUAAGGUCUUCGACAAGAUGGUCGCUUUGGUUCAGGAUGUCGUUAAGAAGGCCCAUAUGGAGCCUUUCAACAUUGACGAGGUGAUCAUGGUCGGAGGAACCUCUCACACCCCCAAGCUCGCUUCCCGCCUCUCCGCCAUCUUCCCCGAGACCACCCGCGUCCGUAACCCCACCGCUUCUGCCACCUCGUUGAACCCCGCCGAGCUUAACUGUCUCGGUGCCGCUGUCCAGGCAUCCCUUAUCGCCGAUUUCGAGCAGACUGAUAUCGAGGAGGCGACCCACGCUGUUGUUACUUCUGCUCCUCACAUCGCUAAGCCGAUUGGUGUCUUGGUCGGUGAUGAGUUUGUGAAGGUUAUUGAUUCGGAGACUGCUGUGCCUGCACGCCGUACCAUCACCCUCGCCGCACCAACAACCCCCGGCCCUGUCUACGUCGCCAUUUACGAAGGUGAACGCGACGAGCCCGAAGAUUUUAGGGAGCCCAUCAUCAAGCCCAGCAAAAAGAUCGCCGAGUGUGUGUUUGAGGGCGAGGGCAAGGGCAAGGUCGAGGUUACGGUGCAGGUUGAUAAGGAGUUGCAGGCCACGAUUAUGGCGAGGGCUGUUGGGGGGAAGGAGGUUGUUAGGGGGGUUGUUGGUAAGCAGUAA